UACAUGGUCAUACAACUGCGCCGCGCCGGAUUUGCGUACGCUUCAUUUUUAUCUGUUAAGUUUUAGUCCUAUUCCGUCCUGCACUAAUCAAAAUGAAUACACUUGCUGCAGCUACAAUCGUGAUACUAUUGCUGGCGAUCCUGUGGUCCGUGGCAGGACAGUUUCGCAGUAUAAUGGUGCCCCAGGACUUCCCGGAGGACGUGGAUCUGGCCACAAUCACACCUCAGACGGUGGACAUGGUGCUCGCCGAUAGGGCCGCUGUGCUGCAGCUCGUCGAGUGUUUCGAGAACGAGGCGCGGUGUCGGUCUCGCGGGGCACUCUCUUUCGCUCGGCAAGUGCAUCGUCUGGGUAAGAGCGGUCGGUGUCACCGCUGUUCCCCGCGUCAGCAGCAGCACAUAAGCGUUAUCAUGCGCCGCACUAUCUCUGGCAUGCAGAGCAAACACCCGGCAGAAUGGCGCCGAAUUGUACCCUUUAUCAGGAACUUGCUGUAAGGUCUUCUCUUGGAAUGUGAUUCUUAGCUCUGAGCCUUCAGUCUGGCGAGGCUGAAGAAUUUCAGAAAAGAUAUUGCCGACCACAGGCAACUAGAAUCACACGCGAAUCUGGUCAAUGGGGCUUUGAGCUUUAGGAGGUAGAAGGCUUGGCCAGCUCCUCGCCCGUCAAGUGGUUGAAGUCGUGAGAUUUGUUCAGUAAUGGAUACGAUCCUCUACCCGACAUUGUUGGAUAAACUUGAAAUUCAAACACGACAAGCGUCCUGAAAAAAAACAGACGUGCCAAAUGUGGCCAGAAUUUCUUCCAACCUUGUUGAUAGUUUCAGUUGUGUAAAAGGCCUGUGAAGUAUCGGCUUGAAGACUUGAACUGGAAGGGAUCCUGGCGCCAAUGGUGCAACUUGGUCUCGGCUUGUAUCGUAAUCUCUACCUUACCUUGGCGUUAGAGCCAAGAUUCUUGAAAGAUUUUUUGUGAAUGUUGAAGUUUAAUCAAGUAAUGAUUAUAGACUUGCUGCGGUCGCGAGAGCUUCUGGCAUAUUCGUGGGUUGUUUGAAAAUAACCGCAUAUGAAAUGGCACUCGUAGAUAAUGCUUCCAUCUCUUUUCUAUUUAUAAGACUUGACCGAAUUUUAAAUCUUUCGGUGAUAAGUCACCGAAAGACAUAUUGUUGAUGAAUUUUUAUAAAUUGUUGAUAUAGAACGCC